GUGCUGGUCCACAGAGGUGCCACUUGGCCGCUGAGGCUGCGGGUGGCGGUGGGUGGCUCGCGUACCGGCCCUCACGGGUCCUUCGCGCCUUCCCCCCGCGGCCGGUUCGGGCCCUGAGGCCGCCGCGGCGCCCGCUGCUCCGCGCUGUGGGCGGAAGGGCUCGGUGGGGCCGGUCCCGCUGCCGCAGGGGAGGGCCGGGCCUGCCCCUCUGCUCUGACCCGGGGCCGGGCCGCUGCUGCCCGCCCCUCUGCAGCGGGACGGGGGCCGAGCAGGCCGGAGUCGCCGGGCGAGGGAGACAUGGCUGAAAGGCUUUCCUGGGAGCUGGGUGUUUGCACGGGUUAAGGCGUGCGGGACGAGGUGGGGAAAGUUGCUUUUGAAUUUCGCUUGAAGGGACUGGACAGAAAGCGACGAAAUGGAUGACUUCCGCUCCAUCUGCCUGCUGUCUCUGGCCAUGCUGGUCGCCUGUUAUGUGGCAGGAAUUAUCCCCUUGGCAGUUAAUUUUUCCGAGGAGAGAUUAAAGUUGGUGACUGUUCUGGGUGCUGGGCUGCUGUGCGGAACUGCUUUGGCUGUCAUUGUGCCAGAAGGAGUACAUGCACUUUAUGAAGACAUUUUGGAGGGGAAGCAUCACCCGGCGAGUGAGAUGCAGCAUGUGAUUGAGUCUGAGAAGGUAGUGGAGGUCCCGGUUGUACACGAGUAUGGCCAUGACCAUUCCAGGUUGCAUGCCUACAUUGGUGUAUCCCUUGUCCUCGGCUUUGUCUUCAUGCUGUUGGUGGAUCAGAUAGGCAGCUCUCAUGUGCACUCUACAGAUGAUCCAGAAGCUGCAAGAUCAGGCAACUCCAAAAUCACCACAACACUGGGACUAGUAGUCCAUGCUGCAGCUGACGGUGUUGCAUUGGGUGCAGCAGCUUCUACUUCUCAGACUAGUGUCCAGUUGAUAGUGUUUGUUGCGAUUAUGUUGCACAAGGCACCAGCUGCCUUUGGCCUGGUUUCCUUCCUGAUGCACGCUGGGCUGGAACGGAAUCGAAUUAGAAAACACUUGCUGGUCUUUGCGUUAGCAGCACCUGUUAUGUCAAUGGUGACAUACUUGGGGCUAAGCAAGAGCAGCAAAGAAGCCCUUUCAGAAGUCAAUGCCACCGGAGUUGCUAUGCUGUUUUCUGCUGGGACUUUUCUUUAUGUUGCCACAGUUCACGUCCUCCCAGAAGUAGGAGGAAUUGCUCAUAGCCACAAACCUGAAUCAACUGGAGGAAAAGGACUCAGUCGUCUGGAGGUGGCAGCCCUAGUAUUAGGAUGCCUUAUUCCUCUAGUUUUGUCCAUUGGACACCAUCACUAAACGCUCGAAUUUCACCGUUCUCCUCAAUCUGACACGAGCAGUCAAUGUUGGCUGCUCCCUUUAUCAUUGUCUCUUACCAUCAUCCAUCCCAUCCACUUUAUGGAGUUCAGAGGGAACCUUGAUUGCAAAAUGAGGAAUACUGGCAAAGUUUUUAGUGUAGCAAAAUGUACUUUGGCAGCCGGACGAAAUUCUAUGUAACUUUAUUUUCUGGAGACAUUUGCUAUUUUAAUUGUUACUUCUGGCCCUAUUCUCAGGGAAGAUGGCAUUUGGAGUUUAAGGUGAGCGGGAAAGAACACAGCGACUCCUCGCGAAAUUGCAGUCACCAAAGUAUCCAGCGAUUCAGCUUUCACAGCUGAGAGUGAAAACAAAGGAUGGCUGCCUUCUGAGCGGUUGAAGUCUUACUAAUGAAGGAGGGAUCUCCCUCAUCAGUUCUCUGUUGUCCUGACAACGCAACUGGUCCUUGUGAUGUUUGUCACUAAUUGUAUUGCAAAAAUGGGCUGCAUUCUGAACUCUGGAUAACACUGCUGUUGUCACAGAAGUGUCACUGAUAGGAAGGAAAUGAUGUAGACACUGUAGGAUUAGAGUAUGAGAUCAGCUGGUCAAGAAAGCAUAAAUGAAUUUUGCAGUUUAGUCCAUUAUUUAAGACAAAGGAUUGAAGCAAGGGGAACAGUGUUUUGAUUGUUCAUGCAAUUGUUCAGAAAUUUUAAAAAGGCAGUGUUUCUUGGGGGGUGGUCUUCUGCCAAGUCAGUAAAGCAUAGGCACCAAAAAUGUUAGCAGGUAUUGGGUACUGUGAUUAGACUACUGCUGCUGUUGAGAGAUACACCCAUAGUGUCCUUUGAAAUCGAGCUGUUCUGGGCUCUGAGGAGUAGGAAUCUGAUGGAGACAGCUGUUGAAGGACCAGAGAACUUCACUAGCUCACUGAGCUGCUGAAAUCAGUGAGGGUGUGUGGUGCUGUUUUAAUUAAAUAAGAGGUUAACUAAACAAAAUGUUUAGUUUAAUAUUUAUGCUGCAGAUAGAGUACAAAGUGUUUCUAAAGCAGUUAUAAACAAAAAAACCCAACAAACAAAAAUCCAAACUGGUGUGUUCCCAGUGGACCUGUUAGGCAUUUUGCUUUUCUUUUGGGAAUUGUGCAUUCGCCUCUUACGGAUAAGCAUUGGUUUUGGUGAAUCUACUGGAGGACUUACUGCCAACUACUGAUGUCUCUCACUACAGAAGAGUGAUAAAAGAUCCCUCCCUUUCCAAGGCACAACCUUCUCUUGUCAGGCGCCAUUUCUCUUAUGCAAAAUAUAUGAUACUCUAAGAACUGUAGUGCAUUUAAAGGUCAGGAAUGCUUGAUGUGCACAGACUCAACAUAAAAUUCUUUCUUUAGGGGAAAACGUUUUGAUGCCGUACCCUUUUUAAGCUAUACUCUGUCUGCACUUUUUAAAGAUAACAUUGCCAAAUAUAUUUUUCUUUUGAUUUUUUUUUUUUUGAAACAGAUUUUCAAGGCUUGAAAUACCUUCUUAACUGAAGUGCUUUUUGUUUCCAUUUGAAUGAAUGUGUCUGUGUUUCAUGACAUUUAUUACUUAUACUACACAGGCCAUUGUGCCUCUUCUUUACAUUUUUGUCAUUGUCCUGUUUGUCUACUAUGUAAUGAUGAGUAUGUCCUGGCUCUUGGACUAGUGAUUGCUUUGCCUGUUGGCUUGGUAACAGUACAGGUGUAUCCCAGGAUUGAAACUAGUAUUGAACCCCAGGAGUGCUUGUUCAUUGUGUGUUUUACUAUAUAAAACUGAUGCAAAAUUAUUAGAAAUCAUAUUUUCCCAUACAACAGUCUUUCCAGAUAGAAUUAGUGUAUCGGGCCUAAACAAGCAUUUUUGACAUUAGACCUUCAAAAAUAAAUUCUGUUCUGAAAAGCCACUGCAAAAUUAGUGAUAUGGAUGAGAUCUUCUCCUGCACGUUCGUAAACUUUUUUUUUUACAACAGACAUAUGCAACUAGUAAGUUACCUGUUUAAAAAGUUCAGUGUUACAGGCUACUGACAGAUGCAAAUGAUACACAGGGAUCUUUAGACCACAGCUCCCAGUGUUCUUCCUUGAUAAUCUUACUAUUUUGUCUUGCUUGAUCUUCCCACACAACUGUUUCCAAAAGCCAGAGAGUUUGCAAGAUCUGCAGCAGAAACAGGCGAUAGCUUAGUGCAGCACCACAUGCUUAUGUUUUGUAAAACAGUAAGGGUUUUUCUUUCUUUAACCUAUCACCAUCACUUGCGCACACACCCCACCCCACUAGUUAAGCCGGCACCCUGACUGCCUUCCACUUCAGCCUCAUUCUGAGUGGAACAGCAGCAGCGGUUUAGGGAGGUGGGUAGGUAAGGUCCCAUUUCAAGCCUUUUGUUCUGGUGUUGCAGCAGGUGGAUGGUACCUUUGUAAGUGGAUCAGUGUGUAUUGAUGAGGAUGUGGCAGCCAGCCUUUUCACUGCUGACAUAACUCCUGGCGUGUUAAUCGUAAGAGGUGCCACCGCUGAGAGGUCUUGCCGUCUUUGUUUUCUCCUGCCCCUCAUACCAUGUUUCCAGUUUCUGGGGCAGCCACCAAAAAUGCUAAUACUCCGUUCAAUGAUUCAUGAAUUGUAGAGGCCAAGUUAUAGCAGCAGGUGAGGGAUUUUAAAUGGAAACAUUUGCAACAUAAAAUUGGCACCAAAAUUCUGAUAACACAUACUUUUCCUUUUGGCACUUGCUUAAGUGAUAGAAGACUUCUGUGAUUUUUAGGGGUUUUUUCCUACCCAUUUAGAACUAGCAACAGCAUUUUCUUUUGGAUGUCUCUGUUAUCUCUGUGUUGAACUAUUUUAAAUUCUGUAGCUGAAACUGCAGUGACUAAGGAAGCUUUUGGUUAUGUGAUAAGAAGAAUGUAAAAUUUUAAAUGAUCAAACCUUUCCAAAUUGCCAGUUCUGUGGGGAGGAUUAUUUUCUCGGGGCAGAGUAUUUUAAUGAGUUAAAUAAAAUGGUCCAUUUUAUCACAGCCCUUUUUUUUUUUUUUUUUUUUUUUUUAAUCUAUCUCCCCAUCUGUCAGUAAAUCCAAGCACUGCAUGUGGUCAGGGCCAUCUGGUAUCAUUUUCUACUCCUCAGGGGACCCUGGUGCAAACAAAUUCCUCUUGCUCUCCCUGUACUAGCCGUCUCUGCCUGUUCUCUACUGUGGGGUAGGUGGCAGCAGGUCUAGCAGGUAACACUUUUACCAAGUGCCAGGCAUGUCCCCCUUUCCUCCUGUAAAUCCCUCUAGGAAAUCUAUAAUCUUCUCAUCAGCUGUUUUUUUCAGUUAAUGAUUUCUUAAUUGGCAGUAGGGAUUGGACUGAAGCUGUUUCUGUUGAUCCCAGUGUGUUCAGGUACUUUCCCUACUGCUCUAAUUCCUCUAAUGUUCCUUAUAUAAAGAAGGAAAAUACUUCUUUUUCAGCACCUGAUGACAGAUGCAGAAACUGCACUGACACUUAAGGGAGGAUGGCAGAGCUGUCACACCAAGAUGGGAAUUUUUGAUAGUUGUGGCACGUCAGAUGGCUGGGUGUUUAACACACAAACCGGCUGUGAACCAUUUCCAGGUGGAUUGUGUAAAAGGCUAAUCUUAUACAAGAGACCCGGGAAAACUACGGUGUUUAUUCAGGACCUAGUUCAGAACCUUCAAGGAGCUUUUGACAAUAGCAGAUGAGUCCAUGUGGUAUCAGCUGUAUGCAGAAUGAGAGAGAUGCUGUGGAAUAAAUAUUGCUGCUGCUCUCUUCCUGUUCUGUGCUGGGACUUGGGAAGAAGAGGAGGGAAGUGUAUUUGUAUUCUUUUGGGGGUGGAGGGAGGAGGAGUGGUUGCAGUAUGGUGGGGAAGUUUAUGAUGAAUUUCAGAUUCUUUGAUUAAUUUCAGACUUCUGUUCACCUCAAACUUAUUUUAAAAAUAAACUUUUUUUUUUUUUCUUACCGUCCUUUUAUUACAUCUCUUAGCAGCCUUGGUUUUCCAGGGAAAAACAUUGCGUGGUCAUUGCUGUUUACCUGACUCCAUGUAUGGAACUGUAAUUUUAAUGUCUCUUUUUCCAGACCAUUUGUACACAAAAUCAUUCCAUGAAUGGCUGCCUUAUAAUUUUUCCACUUUAAUUGUGAAUGGUUAAAAUAAUGUUGCUGUUUUCAAUUUGUUUUAUUAUAUUAAAUUUUUACUAGGUGCAGUGC